UCUUUCUUUUCCGGAUAACCAAUUAUAAAUUCAACGAUUCUAUAUUUAAGGUUUUCAUUAUGGAAUUUAUUAUAUUUUUAAAGUUAUAAACUCAAACCUACUAAUAUUGAUAGAUUUGUACAUACAAAGAGAAGAAGAUCAAGAGUCUCGAAUCAGCCUUUUGGGUACAGAGGGAAAUAUGGUGGGCAUUUUUUCAAGAUUUUCAGUUAGAAGAGCUGGCCAUCGUCGAACUCAAAGUACACUUGAUGAAAGGGAAGUGUUUCCCCCAAAUUCAGAGGCUACUAUUGACAGGGCUUCCUCUGUGACGCCUCAUGGUAUUGAAUUUGCAGUUGAGUUCAAGCCAAUUGAACACCCAACUGAGCCUCUCCAUAUUGAUGGACCAAUUCAAUGUCCCUUCCAAGAACCUUCAGUACUAAAUGACGGAAGAAUAUGGAAGGAGCGAGGCUCAUCUGUGCGAAUUACACGGCCUGUUAGACCAGUUAUGCAACAAGGAAGAGCUGAGGCAGCUCGAACAAUACCUGGAUCUCCCAUGAAUCGGGUUAUUCUUCCAUCAUUGAGUGCACCUGAACAUAAUCUGCUUAAAUUUCUAGAGGAAUCUGGGAUUUGCUGAACGAUUCCUCAACUUUAUCAAGCCACUAUUGAUAUACCAAAGAAAGUCCCCCUUUUUUUCUUUUCUUUUUUUAAUUUAAAUGCUUAUGUAUUUCACAGGAAAAUUCAAACAGAGUUGCAUGUAAAUUUCUAUAAUAAUGUUAA